AUGGACCAGAAAAACCACAACCGGCCGGGCGGGCAAUCAGGGUACUCGGGUUCCACUGCUGUGAACUUUGAAGACCACGAGGGUGUCAUAAAAUUGAUAUUGCACAGCCUGUGCUGCGUAGGAACCAAUAGCUUACGAACCGGGUCCUAG